CCAGACCCUGAGCAUGCCCAUGACCAUCAGCCAACCUACUCCUAUCAAUGCUGGCGGUGCCAUGUAACGCGCCUUGUUUUAAUCUGUUCUUUUUUUCAUAUGAUCUUUUCUCUAUUUCUUUUCUCUAUUUAUUUGCGUCAUGAUACAAUUUCACGUUCUAUGGAUCUCGGUUUAGGGGAUUUCAUGUUUUGUUUCCUUCUUGAUAUCAUUUCUUCUCCAUCUUUCUUUUAUUUACCUCUUUUCUUUAUGCGUCUUAUGCUCGGAUUGUCCUUUUUUCUUUACGGCUGCAACAACAGAUUUGCUCUUUAUACACAUUGGCUCAGGGCCGACGCCAGCGGAGUAGCAUCUGCUGGUUUUUUGGCUCUGGACGAAAAACGAAGAGAAGGGGCUUGCAUGUGACAGGAGUGAAAAUGACGCCAUCUGUAUAUAUAUAUAUUAUAUACUAUUUAUUCUUCAAUGUCAGAUUAUAAGGAAGGCUUCUCGUGGAAGGAAUUACCACUUGGGAGGCUUUCCUUUGUGUUAGUGUUGAGGUGUAGGAUUCGAUCAAUAGACAUGAAAAACAGUUUCUAUUUAGUUUGCGAGAACGCU